AUGCCUUCAACACCCGACAACGUCCCAGAGACUCCCCGAGUCAUCUCCCCAUCGCCCUCCUUCUCCGACAGAUCUGACGCACGUGACGAGUAUCCUGCACCGACAACACGCUCAGCAUCGCGUCGCCAACACCUGUCGGGGGUCUCAGAAGAGAGUUCUGGCUCGGGCAGAUCUCGUAGCCCGCCCCCGGUGACACCUAGGGGGUCAACACGACAACGCCGGUCAAACCCGAUGAUUCCAGCCUCGCCGCCAUCUGCCAAUGGGAAAGACUCCAAUGGUUUUCUGUCGCCAAAACUUCCAGAUGCCUUGCGUGACGUUUCGCGAUCACCAUCACCGCUGGGUCUCAUUCCUCUGCAUUCCCGCUAUCGCAAUUUCAUUCACCGCCAUGAAAUACCUCGCAAACUGUUGCACGUAUCGAUCGGGUUCUUAACCUUAGGCCUCUAUAGCCGAGGAAUCCAGACACUGCAAAUUACCCCAGUGCUCUUCUCUGCGCUAGUACCCAUCGCAGUCACCGACAUUGUCCGCCAUCGCUCAGAGAAAGUCAACAAAUUUUACAUUCGCUGCGUAGGAGCGCUCAUGCGCGAGACCGAGGUCUCUGGCUACAAUGGUGUGAUCUGGUAUCUCCUCGGCGCCUACGUUGUCCUACGCUUUUUCCCCAAAGAUGUUGGUGUGAUGGGUGUCCUCCUUCUCAGCUGGUGCGAUACCGCCGCUUCUACAGUUGGCCGUCUAUACGGUCGUUACACGCCCCGCCUCCGACCCGGAAAGAGUCUGGCUGGCACCCUGGCCGCCUGGUUUGUCGGAGUCGUCACCGCCGCGACCUUCUGGGGCUGGUUUGUUCCUUACAUAGGAACUUUCCCCAAUGACCCUGAAGAUGCAUUCAUGUUUACUGGUCGCUUGAAUUUGCUUCCAAACUGCGUUCGGGGUCUUCUGGGAUGGCGACCCUCAUCGUCUGGAGUCAUCUCCGGUCCUCUGGCCCUCGGCGUCAUGAGCGUUGUGUCUGGCGUUGUGGCGGCCGGCAGUGAAUUCAUUGAUCUAUGGAGCUGGGAUGAUAAUUUGACAAUCCCCGUCCUGAGUGGGCUUGGGCUUUGGGGAUUCCUGAAGGUAUUUGGCUGA